AUGCCGCCCCUAGUGUGUCCGCUAGAUGGCGCCAUUGCAUCGCAAAGGAGCCAACAGAGCGUAUGCGAGGAUUUCGGCGCUUCACCGGCCCCGGUGGGGACGCUCGCGAAUUACGAGUCCGCCUGGCAGACUGUUGCGCCUCCAGAGUGGGUGAUGCGAACAAUUAUGCAGGGUUACAGACUGCAGUUUGUAAUGAAACCCCCGCUUUUCAACGGCGUUCUCUCUUCUCACGCGGAGGAGAGCUCCGCUCAUAUUCUGAAAGACGAAAUCUCUUCUCUCUUAAUGAAGGGAGCGAUUCAGGUGGUACCUCCCAGCCUGAUAAGUCAAGGGUUUUAUUCCCGUUAUUUCCUGGUCCCAAAGAAGGACGGCUCUCUCCGCCCCAUCUUGGACCUCCGAAUGUUGAACAAACAUUUGAGGAAAUACAAUUUCAGAAUGUUAAACCACGGCACUCUGGCCCGCGCCAUAAAACAGAACGACUGGUUCACGCAUAUGUUACGAAUUCACUGUUCUUCCUUUCGGGCUCUCACUCAGCCCUCGGACUUUUUGUCUGUGUACGGAGGCGAGCUUGGCUCCCCUGAGAAUGUCAGGUCUGCGGAUUUUGACAUACAUAGACGAUUGGCUCAUCGUGGCCGAAUCGGAAGAGAAAGUGCUGCGGGACACCUGCAGCGUGCUUACACACAUCACAUCUCUCGGGUUCAGGGUGAAUGUGACCAAAAGCAAUUUUACACCCAGCCAGAGUGUGAUUUUCCUGGGCUUGGAGCUGAGCUCGGUCUCCAUGCGAGCGCGUCUCUCCCAGGAGCGCGUCCUCUCUCUAAUGAGCUGCGUGUCGCAGUUCAGAGAGGGGGCGAGAGUGCAGUAUCGCACAUGCCUCAGAUUGCAGGGUCUUAUGGCUUCAGCUAUCCAAGUUUUGCCGCUGGGACUUCUGCGAAUGAGAGCAUUCAUGAAAUGGGUUUUGUCACUACAUUUCAGCCCGGUACGCGAUCUCUGCCGCUCUGUGACAGUGACGCGCGCCUGCACGGCAGCUCUUCGCCACUGGAGAGACGCGGACUUUUACGCACAGGGGACCCGUUUGGGAACGGUAGUGAUGCGGAAAGUUGUGACGACAGAUGCGUCCCUAACAGGCUGGGGUGCCACCCAGGAGGGCAGAGUGGUGAACGGUGUGUGGCCGAGCAUACUACGUUCAGCACACAUAAAUUAUUUAGAGCUCCUGACCAUAUGGAAAGCUCUGAAUUAUUUUCUGCCUCGCCUGCUAGGACAUCAUGUGCUCGUACGCUGCGACAAUACCACAGCAGUCGCGUAUAUCAAUCGGCAGGGCGGCUUACGCUCACCGAAACUUCACGCUCUAGCUCACAAGCUUUUGGUGUGGAGCGGGCGGUUUUUCCUGUCGUUACGCGCGACUCAUGUUCCAGGUAUUCUGAACAGAGGUGCGGACCUUCUGUCGAGGGGGAACCCACUCUACGGAGAUUGGCGCCUCCACCCUCAGAUAGUGGGCAUGAUAUGGAGAAGAUUCGGACAGGCAACCGUAGAUCUAUUCGCCUCGCGCGAAAACAACCAUUGUCCUAUGUUCUUCUCGCUAAAGGACUCGGAUGCGCCCCUCGGGGUGGACGCACUGGCCCACCCAUGGCCCAAGCUGCUGCUGUAUGCUUUUCCUCCUCUGUGCCUGAUAAUUCCCACACUGGCCAGAGUGAGAGAGAAGGGCCUGUCUCUCCUUCUAAUAGCUCCCAGGUGGCCCAAAGCACCGUGGCUGGCAGAGAUAAUCCCUCUGUUAUACGCCCAGCCGUGGCGCCUCCCCCUCCGCACAGACCUAUUGUCUCAGGCGAACGGGGAAAUUUAUCACCCACACCCGGACAGGGUGGCUCUCUGGGUCUGGCCCGUGAGAAGUCAAACUUAAACGCGCUGGGGCUUCACCCGCGUGUGGUUGCCACUAUACAAAAUGCCAGGGCCGUUUCUACACGGUCCUUGUAUGGUUGUAAGUGGCAAGUGUUUGAAGAGUGGUGUGAUGGGCGCAGUCUCACAUCAUAUCAGUGCUCAGUUCCUGAUAUUUUGUGUUUCUUACAGGACCUUAUGGAUAAAGGCAGGUCUUUUUCCACAAUUAAGGUCUACCUGGCAGCUAUUUCUGCCUGUCAUGUGGGCUUUGAGGGCUCAACAGUCGGGCAGAAUCCUUUAAUCCGCAGAUUUAUGAAGGGUGCCCGUCGCUCCUUGCCAGUCAUCAGGAGAACCGUCCCUGAAUGGGACCUCUCCUUGGUGCUGGAGGCCCUGUCUCAGUAUCCCUUUGAGCCCCUGGGAGGUAUUUCCUUGAAGCUGUUGUCUUUCAAGACGGCUUUGCUCUUGGCCUUGGUAUCAGCCAAACGUGUCAGUGAGCUACAUGCACUCUCAAUACAUCCCUCGUGCACGAAAUUCUCUUUGAGUGGAGAUAAGGUUUUUCUUAAGCCUAACCCGGCUUUUAUGCCUAAAUGUUUCCCUGCGUUCACUUCGGAGGUGUUGGAGCUGUCCGCUUUUCACCCUCCGCCUUUUUCCUCUGCGGAGGAUCAGAGGCUGAAUGCUCUGUGUCCUGUUCGUGCAUUACAGGCAUAUAUGUCCAAGACCAGUGCUUUCCGGAAGAGCGACCAGCUCUUUAUUUCGUGGGCACCCCCUCAUAAGGGGAGUCCCAUAUCUAAACAGCGCCUCUCACAUUGGCUUGUGAACGCUAUAGCAGUUGCAUAUGAAUCAAGGGGAGUGCAGCCCCCAGGUACCAUCAGAGCUCAUUCCACGAGGGGCUUAGCUGCCUCUUGGGCUUUGUUCAGGGGAGUAUCACUGCAGGACAUCUGCUCUGCAGCCAGCUGGGCUUCUCCCCAUACGUUUGUGCGUUACUACCGAUUGGAUGUCACCAAAACCUCGGUAGCACAUUCUGUUUUAGGAGUGGGGUCUUCAUAGCCCCUCCUUGUUAUAUUCCUUCACCUCCUGUUUACACAUUGUUAUGGUAACGAGGGUUGAACGGGCCGGUGGGCCGUGCGCAUUCAUGUCACCAAGCAUGCAUUCACAUUCCGGCCUGGGUGGUAUAUAUGUGUUGCUGGGUUAAUUACAUGUGUGUGCCUCAUACAUGUUCCUGUCCUGUAUGUGCGCAGCAGCUAUGCGUGCGCAUCAGGGCUGCCAGGGACAUAAUUAUGGGACGUGUCAUGCACCGCCCCUUUGGGGGUGACCGUCUUUUCUGGCUUUCAGAACCUCACUGUGAGUGAAUUGGGCAAU